ACUAAAGUCCAAAGCUACAAGCUAAAGAGACAAUUAAAAAAAAAUGGCCGCUUCUAAGCAACUAAUUGUCUCUUGCUUGUUCUUAGUGCUGUUGUUUGCUCAAGCCACUUCGCAAGGCUUGAGAGUAGGUUUCUACAGCAAAACAUGCCCACAAGUCGAGGGUAUUGUGAAAAAGGUCGUGUUCGAUGCAAUGAAGAAAGCCCCUACACUUGGUGCUCCUUUGCUUAGGAUGUUCUUCCACGACUGCUUCGUUCGAGGAUGUGACGGAUCAGUUUUGUUAGACAAAUCGAACAACCAAGCCGAGAAGAGUGCGAUUCCUAACCUAAGCCUUCGAGGGUUUGGCAUCAUAGACGAUUCCAAGGCGGCUCUAGAAAAAGUGUGCCCGGGUAUUGUUUCUUGCUCUGAUGUCUUGGCACUUGUCGCCAGAGACGCAAUGGUUGCACUUGAAGGACCAUCGUGGGAAGUUGAAACGGGAAGAAGAGACGGUAGGGUUUCCAAUAUCAACGAGGUCAACUUGCCAUCACCUUUCGAUAACAUCACCAAGCUUAUCACGGAUUUCCGCUCAAAGGGCCUCAACGAGAAGGAUCUAGUCAUUCUUUCUGGUGGACACACUAUUGGAAUGGGACAUUGUCCUCUAUUGACAAACCGGCUUUACAACUUCACCGGAAGAGGAGACAGUGACCCGAGUUUGGACUCGGAGUACGCCGCUCACCUCAGGAAGAAGUGCAAGCCGACCGAUACCACGACGGCUCUAGAGAUGGAUCCAGGAAGUUUCAAGACUUUUGACGUGAGCUACUUCACGCUAGUGGCUAAGAGAAGAGGACUUUUCCAAUCGGAUGCUGCUCUAUUGGACAACUCCAAGACAAGGGGUUAUGUCUUGCAGCUGGCAAGAACCCAUGGGUCGAUGUUCUUUCAUGACUUUGGUGUCUCUAUGGUGAAAAUGGGUCGGGCCGGAGUUCUUACGGGUCAGUCUGGGGAGAUCCGUAAGAUGUGUCGGGUUCCUAAUUAAUUAAAGAGAUAUAAAAAUAUAUCUCCAUGAGUUUGAUUAUUAUUGUGUGCUUCUAUUGCUUUGUUUCUUCUUCUUUUGGGUCAGUAAAUGUGAUUGUUUCCUUGGGAAUAAGCUGUAUUUAGAAUUCUUAAAAGUCUUGAAAUUCAAAUUAUUAAUAUAAGGCUCAAGUUAUAAUAA